UUCACCUAUCACCUAGAAGUGAUUUUAAACCUAUCACACCGGUUACACCAUUAGAAGAAAAGGCCCUGUAAAAGUAUGCCGUAGUGCUGAUACUGUUCGUUGUGUUGGUUGAAAUAUUAGCAUUGAGAAACAUACUGUUCAAUGGAGUAAUUGAUUACGAUUGCAGAAAAUACUUCAAGUUAUGUUUACGUAGUCGUACUAAAUAUUUGAAAAAAUACUGAAUGAGCAGUGAAAGAAAACACACAUGAAACUAAGUGGACAUUCAAAAAUCGAAAACCGGCAUCGUCAUAGCAAAAACAAAAAGGGAAAGACGACGAAAAUGCAGACAUGUCAGCAAGAACAAAGCAACAGGAAAUGGUUUAGCAAGUAUUGAUUUAUAAUGAUGUAAUGAUUGCAUGGACUUUCCGAAUGUGUUGGAAAAUGUGAGUCGGACAGCUGCUGCUAUAGAUGAGUAUCGCCAUCGGAGUAACAUUAGGAGAAGAGCAAGACAAAAUGUUAUAGAAGUCUUCGACAAAUGUUCAAAGCAUUUAGACGUGGUAGAAAACAUCACAGUGAAUUAUUCCAAGAACAUCAUAAACAUUGAAUCAACUUUACAAAAACUAAACAGAAAGUUGCUUGUUAAGAGGCAGCCAGAUAAGAGUGAUGUUUAUUUACACAUAAAACCCAUUCAAAAUUCUCCAACGUUUCCUUCGGAUAUCAAAAGAGAAGAAUCAAAGAGGCAUAAUGUAGAACACUCAAUGAUUAUUGAUGAUCCAUCUUCUGACUCUUCCCCAUUGCUUCUAAAUCAAACGGUUACAAAAAGCAUCAAAUCGGUGUUUAAUCAUGACAUGGUUAUCCAACAACGACCAAAUGAGGAUUUAUACUCAGAAAUCUGUAUGAAUGAGACCAUUGUUCAUCCAACAAACAACGUUUCUUUUGAAACUGAGAAUGAAAGCAUAUAUGAAGACGUUAUUCCUGAAACAUUGAAUACUGAAAAUGGCCAAUUUGAAACGUUUAGUGUUCUAUCUGUCCGAGGGUCCGAAUCAUGUUCUUCAGAUGAAAAUAGUCUUACAAUUGAAAAGCACAGAGUCACACUAUACCCCGAGAAAAAAGAUGAAGACAGCAAUUGUGACAACACAAAAGAAAUAUGUGAAAGACAAAAUGACUUACCAACCACUAGUGCUGAGUCAAAUAAUAAACAGGGAAAAACAGAAAGAGGAAUUCAACUGGAAACAUCCUCUUCCGGAUAUUGUACAUUAUCAAGACAAUUGGAAUUUAGUGCAGGUUAUCAUGAAACACGGAACGUAGCAAUUCCAUCUACUAGAGCCUCACAGACUUCCUUGGCAACUAUUACAAGCACAGACGAAGCGUUACCAACAAAUGCUUCCUACGAAGUAAAACAAUGUGAUAAGGUUGAAAAUCAAAUUAUACCAGAUGACAUAUCAAUAGACGAAGAAGAAAGGCUAUUAGAAGAGAAGGUUGUGGAACUAACUAAAAAAAAGCAAGAUAAAAUACAACGGGAUGAAAGAAAAAGGAUUUUACACAAAAGAAUAGCAGAAUUAGAAAAAUUUAUCAAUGAAAAAGAAAAUAUUCAAAUUCCUCAGGAUAAAACUAAUAUAGUCUACGAGCGGAUAGAUGAGGAUACUAGAAAGAAGGAGUUUGUUAAUCGGCAUUACCUUUCAAUUCCACCAGAUUAUAGAUUUGAAUAUCAUGACGUGUUAAUACUUUAUGAUUCUGAUAAUGACCACGAGGAAGCAGAAAAGUUUAAAUUACAUUUACAAAAUGAUUUAAAACUAUCAAAUGGGCGUAAAGUCAAAGCAGCAUUAUAUGAUGGACCAGAAAUGGACACGCGUACAAAUCGUACAUUUGAACACCUGGAAAAAAGUUUUGAGAGAUGUAUCUUAAAGUUUAUAUUUUUAACUAGUAGUUUCCUUAAAAAUGACAGGGUUAACGUUUACAGUGAAUCUUUUAUCAGUGAGGCAAUGCACAAGAAAGAAUACCGUUAUAGUAUUGUUCCUAUCCAUGCCCAUGACAAAAUAAAGGCGCCAUUUGGACUUAAUAAUUUAAGUAGUUUUAGAUACUACAGUAGAGACAAUAACUAUGGAGCCCGUAUGUUAAAGCUAUUAGAAGAAAAUGUGUGCAAAAGGGAAGAAAAGCAGAGAGCCUUGAUAAAGUUACAGUAUAAUUUGUUGCUAUCGAUACUUGAAAAUUAAUAGGCCAGACAUACAUUUCUCUGAAAAAAUAGUUAAAAAUAUAAUGAUUUUCAGUGGAAGCCCGUGAACUGCAUAAAUGCCUUUUGUAAAAAUUAUAUGUAUACUAGUGCAGUAGUGAGUCAUAUAUGUUAUUCAUUCAUCCUUCGAUUGUGAAAAAUUUUAAAAGAUGUUAAUAUCAACAUUCCAAUGAAUUAUUUUUAAAUUGAGUUAAAGGUAGCAUACUUGAAAUUAGUCUAUUUGCAACAAGAUUUGUAUUGCAAUAUUUAAUUCAUUUUAACAUAUUUUGUAGAAUCCAUGAUAAACUCUUCAAAUGUAAUUAUCGUACACGUUCAGGAAGAGACAUAUCAAUGUAAACAACAAUAAUUUAGUUAUUGACACAGAGAUGUGUCUCUACUGUCGGCAGAACGUGCAGUAACAAAUAAUCUGAUGGACAGUAACCUUUCUCUCAAUCGAUUUAUGACUUGAACUGCAAUUUACUCCUGUUGCCCUUAUUGCUGAUUAGUUCCAAUAAACUGGAUUACGUCCUACGGGGCAGAAACUAAAAAAAGUCACAAAACUAAAAUCAAUUGGUUGUAAUGCAAUUUUAUAGAAAAUAUAUUUACUCUAUUUCAAGAAGUUCCUCUCAAACUUGCUUAAGUAGAAAUCCUAGUAUUUGGAAUUGCUGAUUAAUAAAAGAAAAGUCACUGGAUCAUGACCUAGGGGAUAGGGCUCGAAAUCGUCAUCAAACUGAUAUGCACCGAUAGUAAUGCACCUUUAUAGAAAAUAUAACGGUUGAUCUCUUAAAAGUAUUUCAAUUCAAACUGACUGAAUAAUAAACUUAACAUUGAAAUUUGCUACUUUAGUAAAAGUCAGAGGGACAUGACCUAGUGGACAAUGCCUCAAAAAUAGUCGACAAUCUAAUAUUAAUGCACCUUUAUAUAAAACUUCAUUGCACACAAAAUGUUUUUAUCAAAAGUAAUUGUUGGUGCCGUUUGUCGUAAUUGGUGCUAUAUAUCUUGCAACAUGUGAGUUCACGAAAUAGUGAACACAAAUCGAUAUUUCGAAAAGUACAAAUAAUCUGAAUUUGAUGUGUGAUCAAAUCGAGUUUUAACUGGUGGAGAGUGGGUACCAUCAUUUUUUUGUGUAAAAUUUUAAGUCACAAUACGGGCCAGUAAAUAUCAUUGGAGAGGCACAGUUUUAUAAUAAGUAUAUUACUUGAUAUUCAAAUAAACAACUUCAUGUGAGUUGAAGUCAUAAUAAAGAUUUUUGUUCUUAAUGUUUGUUAUCUCUAUUUCAUGUUAUAGGAGGGGGAAACUUACAGUGAUCACAAUUUAUCUUUGAUAUUCUAAUCGCAUAUUAUAAUGACAGUCUUCUAAUAUAUCAUUUUAAAUUUCUAUUAAUCAUUCAGUUUUCCUUCAACUCACAUCCAGAUGCUUUUUCUCAAUUAAGUGCCAGUCUGCCUAAGAAUCAGGCAGUGGUGAAAACAUGACCAAAAAACCCCACCCAAUUUGACAUUGAUUUCAGUUCAUAAUAUGUAGUUAUGCACAAAAAUAACAUUUAUUUCCAUUUUCUGUUCUGGUAAUAGAAGAUACAAUUUGGUUGAAAUGCACUAGAAAUUAACAAAUAAGGGGAGAUAACUCCCUAAUUUUUCUGUAAUUUGCUAUCAUUCUAACCAAUUUUCUAACGAAGUUAUUUGAUAUUACCAGACACACACAAACAAAAGACUCAUACUUUUUAACUCAGGAUGAUGAUUAGAAUUGAAUAGCAUGAUUAGCUCGGUGGGUUUUUUCUAACAAUGUUUUAAUUUUUACCUAAAUUGCCUGAUUCUUACAAAGACUGGCACUUAAAUCCAUAAAAAAGUAUAAUUUUUCACCAUCUAUCUCGAAAACAAGUAUGGUAUGGUGACCUAGCUCAUUUUAUUAUACAUUUUCUAUUUUGAACAUAUUAUUAACCUGAGAUAAAGUAUUUAGCAUUCAAGUUCAUUUCAAUAAAAUAGCUAAAUUUUCAUUUCUAGAUAUAGAAAAAUGUGGUGUGAGUGCCAAUGAGACAACUUUCAAUCCAAAUAACAAUUUUAAAAAAAGUUAACCAUUAUAGGUCAAUGUACGGCCUUCAACACGGAGCCUUGGCUCACAUCGAACAACAAGCUAUAAAGGACCCCAAAAUUACUAGUGUAAACCAUUCAAACGUGAAAAACAACGGUCUAAUCUAUAUUAAAAAAAACGAGAAACGAGAAACACCUAUAAAUUACAUAAACAAACGACAACUACUGUACAUCAGAUUCCUGACCUAGGACAGGUGCAAACAUUUGCAGCGGGAUUAAACGUUUUUAAUGGAUCCAUCCUUCCCCCUUUUUCUGAAACAAUAGCAUAACAUCACAACAUAGAAAACCACACAAUAAAAUAUCAAUUGGCACGCUAUACUAAUAAAACUGUUUUAUGUUUUCUAAUGCUUUAUAUAUAUACGUGCAAGAUUAUGGUUGUCGUUUAGUUCUAAAACUAAAAACAAGAACUACAAAAAUAUACAGAUUCAGAUUCGGAUCCAAUAGUUUAUUUAAGUCUCACAACAUACAACAUAAUUUAAACAAGAUACAAUUAUAUAAUUUAAUAUACGGUAAACAUAUUUAAAACAAUUAAACAUAAUUAUGUAUGUGCCAUUCUUAAAAGAAUUAUGAGAGAUUUUUUAAAUACAUAUCUAUACUUAGUCAUUUUAUAAAAUAUAACAAAUAGUUAAUAAUAUAAAAUACUGUUUCUCCUUAAAUACUUGUCUAGACAAAAAUAAAAUGACUAAGUUUUAUUGUAAGUGCCAAAAUAAUGUGUUAGAUAUAUAAAAAUGUACAUAUUUGUAAUUUAAAAUAAUGUUCUUAUAAAGUUUAUGAUAAAUAUAUGUUAUUGGAUUCAGAAGAAAACAGUUUUAUUAUUAUUUAUCUAUCAUUUUAACAUAUGACAUUUUGGGAAUUUGUACUUUUAAUGUUUCGACAUAUUAGAUAGACAUGCCUUGGUAACCUCUUUGGAAUUGUGAAGAAAUUUUGAUAGUAAGUUUGAUACCAAAACGCUCAGUGUAUAUAUUAAUCAAGUGUUUUUUGUUGUAAUGGAAGUGAUAAUAAUGUUAUUUUCCAUUACACACUUUGAAAAUUUGUUUUAUUAUGUCAAUUGGAAAUCAGUUUUACUAUCUUUUGGCGUGCCAGUCGGCUAUUGUUCCGUAAUUUUAUCACGGGUGCUAUCUUUGCCUUGAGAAAAAGAAAGAACUGCUUCCUUUUUGCAAAUUACAGUCAUGAAGAACUAAUCACUUUUCAUUAACAAAUUAAUUAAAAUAUUGCAUACUCUAAAUAAUAUGAUUAUGUAAACAUUGUUUUGAAGCAACCAUAAAUAUGAUUAUGUAUUUUGCCUCUUGUUAAUCAGGCAAAUAUGUGUCUGGGUAUUUUUUUAAUAAAGUUUACUGUUAUGGUUUCAAUUUAAAAUGUUUUACAAAGAAUCUAAGGUUUAGAAGUUGGCCAAUUUUCUAAUGUCAAUCUGGCUAAGAUUCAGGCAGUGGUGAAAACAUGACAAACAAAUACCCACGCAAGGUAACAUUUAACAACAAAUUUAUGUGACGUAUAUAAUUUUUCUAACGUCAGACACUCAAAUCAAUCCAUGUGUUCUUAGACAGUAGAUGUUAUUGUGUCCUGUUAAAUUGUUCCCUUUAAAAAGUUUUGGAUUCUCAUGUAUUCUAUGUAUAAUUUUUGGACUAGUUUGAAUCUCGGUCUAUUUCUGUAAUUUAUUCUUACAUACUUUUGAUUUUUUAACCCUGUAUGCGUACAUUGCCUAUGUAAAUUUUAAAAUUGUUUGUAUGCACAUUGAACGACAAAUUUAUGUGACGUAUAUAAUUUUUCUGACGUCGGACACUCAAGUAGAUCCAUGUGUUCGUGGAUAGGUUUUUGUGUCCUGUUAAAUUGUUCCUUUUAAAAGUUUUGGAUUCUCAUAAAUUCUAUGUAUAACUUUUGGACUAGUUCGAUUUCUGUAGUUUAUUCUUACAUACUUUUGAUUUUUUAACCCUGUCUGCGCUCAUUGCCUAUGUAAAAUUUAAAAUUGUUUAUAAUCCAGGUACUUUUGAUAACUAUUGUAUGCACAUUGAACGACAAAUUUAUGUGACGUAUAUAAUUUUUCUGACGUCAGACACUCAAAUCAAUCCAUGUGUUCGUA